ACAAAUCAGGUUAACGAUCCUAACAUAGCCCAGGAUGAGCAAGCUGAAGCGCUCAAGUUUCUCAUUCAUUUUCUUGGUGACAUCCAUCAGCCAUUGCACGCGGAAGCUUUAGAGCGAGGAGGAAAUGAGAUCCAUGUCUGCUUUGACAAGCACUGUGGCAAAAAAGAAAACCUCCACGGUAUCUGGGACACAGAAAUCCCUCAUAAAAUGAACGGCAUCAAGCAUAACGAAAAACAUAAUGACGAAAAAGAACCAGCUGAACGGUGGGCAGCAAGUCUCUUUCGGGCCAAUAGGUUCAGGCCUCAUCAUGCGGAGUGUUCAAACAUCCAGAACCCUUUGGAAUGUGCUACACUGUGGGCAAAGGAGACGAACAGACUGAAUUGCGAUUACGUCUUGAAAAGGGACAUCGACUGGCUUGAAAACCAUGACCUUGGAGGUGAUUAUUACGAUGGGGCUGCCCCUAUUGUGAAUGAACAGAUCUAUAAAGCCGGAGUCCGCUUGGCCACAUGGAUAAACACUCUGGCAGCUCAACGGCCAUCAUCAACAGGUUUCCUUGUUACACAGGACGGAAAAGUGGGAAGAAAUUUUGAGCUCUAA